CCUCCCUCUCGUUCCUGCGCACAGUGCGCACACGAUCACUCUCUCUCUCUCUCUCUCUCUAGAGCUCGCUCUCUCGCUCCUCUUCGCUGCCAAUCGCGACAUACUCUCUCUCUCUACUUUCUCUCUCUUCUCUCUCUCUUUUGCGUGGAAGAUGGUGAGUAGCAAUCAUCAUCCGCGGCAGGGGUCGGCUCGGUGCUAGCUCGGCGCCACGCUGAUUCGCCGCCGCCCGCGAAAGUGGAACCCCCCGCCGCCGCCGCCGCCGUCGCAGCAGCAGCAGCUGCGAGAUCUCCGCCACCGCUCAGAGGGAAUUCUGUUGGCUCGGUGUGUUUCCAGCUCUUGAGUGAAUCUGCUGCUCUUCGUUUCGCUAACGUGCAGCUCGAGAAAGGCUGUUCCGAGGUUUUUGAAUUCGGCUUGCGAGGAGUAAAGCUGGUGCAUCCAUGGGAGAGGAGACGUCGGAUACCAUGAACCUCGAUUUGAAUUUGGGGCCUGUUUCCGAUCAGGACGUGGAGAUGACCUCGCGAAUCUCGGAUUUCGAGACCUGGUACGAAGGGCAAAUUCGCAUGGUGAGAGAAGCUAGCAGGAUGAGGGAGGCCAGGCUGAGGGGUCGGCAGCGGUGGAGACGGCGGGCAACUCGGAUUUCGCCGGACGCUCGGAACAUUUCCGUGGACCUCGACCAGCUGGUGAUUGACUCGGGUAAUGUGACGACCUUGCACACCGGUGAGGGGAGUGUUCCUGCUGAGGAUAGAUUAAAUGCCGAGGGGCCCAAAGUUUGUGAGAACAACACCAGUUUUCUUGUAGACACCAAGUCGGAGAAGAAGGAUGACGUGGCCAAAGGUAGUGAGACUGAUGGGAGCUUUUUCGAUUGCAAUAUAUGUUUGGACUUGGCUAGAGAGCCUGUUGUGACUUGUUGUGGUCACUUGUUUUGCUGGCCAUGCCUUUACCAGUGGUUACACAUUCACUCAGAUGUGAAGGAAUGUCCUGUUUGCAAGGGAGAGGUAACUACUAAGACCGUCACUCCAAUAUAUGGGCGUGGGAACAAUACUUGUAGGCCUGAGGAAGAUUUGACUCUCAAGAUCCCCGUGAGGCCAAUUGCACGUCGUGCAGAAAGUUUCAGGCAAGUUGCUCAGAGAUCUCCUCUGCAUUUCCCUAUGGAGGACAUCAUUCGGCAUCUCGGGGGUAGAUUUGAUUUGACCCAGGAUUUGACUCAGCCACCUGAGUCUAGUGAUAUCCGCGAAACAUCAAGGAGUAAUUCUAUGCUAAAUCGAAUUUUGACUUCUCGUGGAAUGCGUAGAGAACAAACUGUAAAUGUGCCACCGCCUGAUGAUGAUGUUCCUUUUCUGAGGGACAACAUUCACAAUACUGAUCGGAGAGAGAGCCGCCGACUCGCUUUAUUGCUUAGACGAUCACAUUCUCAUAGAAAUGCUCCAGUUCCCAUGGAAGCAUAUUUGCGCGAUUAUAAUAUAGGAAGAAAUGAGGAGCAGCCUCCUUCUGUUGAUGAUAGAGAUUCUUUCUCAAGCAUUGCUGCUGUAAUAAACUCAGAAAGCCAAAUGGAUACUGCUGUUGAGAUUGAUUCGAUGGUAUCCCUUUCGACUUCAUCUUCAAGAAGAAGAGGCGAUGCUUCUAGGACUUCUGAUGUUGACAGUGGGGAUUCUCGUGCUACCAGGAGGAGGCGACUGGACUGAAACAUUACUCAACCGAUCCAAGUAUUCAUACUCUACAUCUGUACAAGCGUGAAUUGUUGCUUAAAAACUGCUUCUGCAUCUCUGCUUUAGUCUCAUUUUUCUUCCAGAUAGUUGUGGCUCAGGUAUUUAUGAAACUUUUGAAACCCUCCUGCUUUGUUUGGGUUAUAAGUUCCUUCAUAUAGGAUCUUCUGCUGUUGAUCGGCUGCAGGCACUUCAGAUAUGAGCCUUGACUCAUGCAAUAGUAUUAAACAAAAAGAAUCCGUCAGCAUCUCUUUGCUGUGCAGUAAUGAGUGGUGCAGAACUACUAGAUAGUAGAUGUUUGCUUGAGCUUUGAUCACUGUUGAUCACUCAAAAUGAAGAUUGUCCUUUAGCGCCGCCAUGUCCGCACAUCAGUGACUUCUUUUCAACUUUCGUGGACUUACUGAGCUAGUGAUCAGCUGAAUUGGGUAAAAGGACCUUGUUCUAUCCAAGAGAAUUUUUAGAUCAAUGACUUGUCUUUGGAAAAGUUCAUGUACAAUGAAUAGUUGUCAUUUUCUGAACCCCAGAUGAUUCCUGAGCUCAUGUGGACUUCGAUGUGGUGAGAAAUAACAUCCUAAUAUCUUGUGCUGUUCUUGUUAA